AUGGGCGAGCACUUCGCUGUCUUUCUGGUGCUGAAGGAUAAAUGCAAGCGGCCGGAGACCGGUCGGCCAUAUAUGAAGAGCAUGAAAGCAGGUGCGUUUGCCACCGAGGACUCAGUUAUGAUCGACGGCAUUCUCUUCGGCCCGCCCGCAAAGAAGCCCACCACCACCGUCGAGGCCGGCACAUUCCACGGCAGCUGCCACUGCGGUGAUCGCUCCUGGACGGCAGAGAUCACCGAGCCCGAGCACAUCCUCUGCCACUGCGAAACGUGUUGGGAACUCAGCGGGGGGGCUCUAUUCCAUGAAUCAGAUCAUCCAUAAGGUGUGUACCUUCUCUCUAAGAAGCAUUCAGCCUGCUCUGUCUUGCUGCUCCCAAGGCCAGCGUGCGCGACUUUGUUCCCUACUGCAUACACAAACGCAAGC